AUGGCGACACGCUUUGCCGGAGAUGGAUCGAUCCUAACAGAAGUCGCUGAAAAGGUCAAUCGAUGGCGCGAACAAUUUGACGUGUUCCUCAACCACCAGCCCCCCGCUGUACAGUUAGACCUGCAACCUGCGGAUGGAACUUACAACUGCAGCGUUGAUCCGCCAACAAUUCAGGAGAUUCUGUCUGUCCUUCGUCAGCUGCGUAACAACAAAGCUCCCGGGGAAGAUGGGAUCCCGGCGGAAAAAGGUGACAGGAAGGUGUGCUCCAACUAUCGGGGAAUCAGUCUGCUCGAUGUAGCGGCCAAAACCUUCGCAGUUCUGCUUCUGAAGCGAUUCCAGACGGCUCGAGACGCCCGCACGCGUCCCACCCAAUGUGGUUUCCGCCCGGGGAAAGGAUGUGUGGAUCAGAUCUUCAACCUGAGGCACACAACCAACGGUCCUGUGCUUCAUCGACUUCGCAGCUGCGUUCAAUUCGGUCGAUCGAGAUGCACUGUGGAAACUUAUGCUGGCGGACGGCAUCCCUGUGAAAUUGCUUCACCUUAUCCAGGGGUACUAUCGAGCCACGCGGGCGCGGGUGCGGGUCUACGGUGA